UGCUUCCCUUCCAGAGAUUCCUCCCUUUUCCCCUCUGCACGCAUCCACCACGCCCCUGCUCUCCUACGCUAUCCUCAUUGUGCCCUGCCUCUCGGCCUUCUCGUCCUCCUAGCCCCAGUACUGUAUAUAAUCACUCUGCGCCAGAAACGCGUGCGCUACGGCUAUCGAUACGAUUCGUUGGAUGUGGGUCGUCAAGCUGUAGCCUGUCUUCUGGCACUGACGCCUCUGGUGCUCACGACGGUGCAGAAACUUCAGGAUAGCGAGGGGAGCGAUGUGAAGCAUGCUCUUGACUCGCUUACGUACCUUUUUUAUUCCUGCAUUGUCGGACCCCGAUCCUCCCUCAUCCCCUCCCUUCUCAAGCCGGGCGCCUGGUGGACGGCCGCAGUCACCGCCGGCGGAGCUUUCCUUUCCAUGCCUCUGACCCACAUGGAGGUUGCCCGGGGCAUGAAAGAGUCCUGGGUCGUGCACGCUUAUUGGACGUUGCAGCUGGUGGUGGGAGUCUUGGCCGUGGUGCCGGCGGCGAACAGUGCCUACGCUGCUCAAUCCAUCCGUCUGGCCGAGGCCAACGUCUUCGUUCGCGCCAUUUUUUCGACACUGGGGGGCGUCCUCUCGGUCUUGUUUAACGCCGAUCGGCGUCGGACAUUCAUUUCUGCCAACGCGGACGGGGUGGACGCGGCCAUGUAUCGCCAACCCUUACUCCUGGAAGAGAAAGAGGAGGGAGGGAGGGAGGGAGAGGAGGAAGGGGCACAGGGGGGGCCCCGACGGUUGCCCCCACCGCUACCGGAGACGGAGGCGGGUCUAUUCUCUCUCUGCAGCUUUUCCUGGCUGAAUCCGAUCUUGUCGACUGGGUAUAAGCGGCCGCUCACCCAUGAAGACUUGUACCAGCUGCAUCCUAAGGAGACUGCCGACGUGAUAUGCGGACGUUUGGAGGAGAACUGGGAGGACGAACAGUUGCAUCGUCGGAAACCCUCCCUGGCCCGGGCUCUUCGUAGGAGCUUCGGGUGGACUUUCUUCAUCGCGGCCCUCUACAAGUUUGCCUACGAUUCGUUGCUCUUUGUCGGCCCCCUCCUCCUCAAGCAACUCAUAAUCUAUCUCGGCAGCGAUGACCCUGUCUACGUCGGAUUCGAAUAUUUGGGCCUCCUCUUUGUUGCCGGCGGGUACCACGGUGGUAAGCAAGCCUGGUCCCCCGAAGCGGAGCCUGGAGGCGAAAAGCACGGGGGAGAUCACGAAUUUGAUGGCCGUAGACGCGCAGAGACUCCAGGACCUCAUGAGCUAUUUCUCGACCCUGGUUUUGAAGCGUCAUCCCUAAUCCCGGUUCCUUCGAUGUUGCCCUUGCACUUGCCCAUGGUCGCUCUCCUCCCCCCUCCCUUCCUAUAUGAUUCCAUUCCUGGCUCCCGUCCUCGGCAGUGGUCUGCUCCCUACCAAUGCUCUCUGGCCCUCUUCCUCCUGUACCGGGAGCUGGGGGUGGCGAUCGUGGGAGGCUUGGGGGUCAUGCUCAUCUCCAUUCCCAUCUCCGCAUUUGUGGCUCGCCGCACGCGCGAGAUCCAGCGAAAAGUCAUGGCGGUGAAGGACGAGCGAAUAAAGGUCCAAGACGGGCGGGAGAGAGGGGAAGGGAGAGGGAGGAAGGGAAGGAGGGAGGGCAUAAGGUCAGAUUGGAGGCUUUCGCCUUAUCCUGCAGCUUUCUACAUUUUCUCGCAACAUUUCUAUCAGGUCACGAAUGAAGUUCUCUCUGGAAUCAAAAUCAUCAAAUUAUACGCGUGGGAGCGGUCCUUUCAGAUGGGCCACGAGCUCACUUCCUCCACCGCUUUUACCUCCAUUGCGCUAUUCAACAUUUUACGCUUCCCUUUGGCCAUGUUUCCUCAAAUGCUUUCCUCCACUGCGGAAGCCCUCCUCUCCUUGGAACGCAUAGCACGCUUUUUGGAGACACCGGAAGUCGAUCCUUUGCCCUCCUUGGGCCCUGCGCGACCGGUUGGUCCCCCCGUGGUCUUGGAGGACGUGACGCUGUCCUGGGGCCACGGGAAGGAGACGGAGACGCUUACAUUCCUCCGCGACUUGAGGUUCACGGUGCCCGCCGGGACUUUAACGGUCAUAUUUGGGGCCACGGGAGCAGGGAAGAGUGGCCUCCUCCUCGCUUUGAUCGGUGACUUGACCCCUUCUAAAGGGACUUUGCGCGUACACGGCUCCAUUGCCUACGUAGCUCAGACAGCUUGGAUUCAAAACGAGACGGUCAGAGAGAACAUCCUCUUCGGAAAAGCGUACGACCAAGGCUGGUACACGCGUGUAGUCGAGGCCUGCGCCCUCCUUCCUGACCUGGCCAUUCUCCCCGCAGGAGACCAGACGGAAAUCGGAGAGAAAGGCAUCAACCUUUCAGGGGGUCAGAAGGCCCGUAUCGCCUUGGCUCGGGCGCUUUACCAGCAGUGUGAAGUCUACGUGCUCGACGACUGCCUCGCAGCGGUCGACUCAGAGGUGGCCAAGCAUAUCCUGGAUAAUUGCAUCUGUGGCCUCCUGCGUGAGAAGACCGUGCUGCUGGCGACGCAUAACCUUCACACGCUGGAGAGGGCUGACCAGCUCCUGCUCUUGGAGGGACAGCGGAUGGCCUUCAAGUUUAGACGCAGGACCCUCUCCAGCCUUUUCUCUACCCAAGCUGACCUUGACCCCUCCAUCCAUUCCUCUUCCUCCUCCCUCCCUCUCCCCGUCGUGCGGCUGCAGGGCACUUACACGGAGUUUGCCCGGACGGGCCAUACGUUCGUCGAGUUGACAAGAGGGGUGGGAGGGGGAAGCAGCAGCAACCUUUUGAACAUGAAGGCGGUGGCUGAGGGGGAGUCUGGGAAGGAGGACAGGGUGGAGGGGAAAGAGGCGAAGAUCGAACAAGCGGCGCAGCAGCAGAAGAAGGAGACAGACGCGGAGGGAGGAAAGGAGGAAGCGAUGAAGAAGAAACGGCUCGAUUCCGGGAAACUGGUGGAGAAAGAGGCGGUGGGCCGCGGGUCUGUGGGCACGAAGAUCUACAGGGCCUACAUCCGAUGCGCGGGCGGCAUUGGCGUCUUCCUUCUCGCCCUUGCCUUUUUAUGGGCCGGUCAAGCCUUGCAGAUCGGCAGCAACUUCUGGCUCUCGAUCUGGAGCGACGAGAGUUUAGAGGCCGAGCACGGACUGAGCAUCUACGCGAUCCUGUGCAGCCUCUCUGCGGUGGUGAUUGUCUUCACGCUCCUUUCAUUCACGUUGGCAGGGAUGCGGGCCGCGCGCGUGUUCCACGAGGGGAUCUUGGGGUGUUUGAUGAGGGCGCCCAUGGUAGGAAGGGAGGGGGAGAGAUGCUCAUAUUUGACGAGAGAAAUGAAAAAGGAGGAGAAGGGGGUGUUUCCAACGAUUGAUUUCUACUUAUCUCGCGCAUCCAUCCCAUUCUGUCUCUCCCCUUCACCCUCUCUUUCUACCGAUGCGCAGGCAUUCUUUGACACCACACCCUUGGGCCGCAUUCUUAAUCGCUUCUCGAAAGACACCUACACGGUGGACGAGACUCUGAUGCCCUCCAUCUACAUGUACCUCCAGUGCAUGACCGGCGUCUUGGGGACCAUCAUCGUGAUUGCGACGGUCAACGGCUGGUUUCUUCCGGCCGUGGUUCCGCCAUUUAUGCUCUACUACUUCGCGCAAAAUUACUACGUGCCGUCUUCACGUGAACUGAAGCGGUUGGAUUCUGUCUCGCGUUCUCCAAUUUUCUCACAUUUCGGGGCUUCUUUGGAGGGGACAAGCACCAUUCGCGCCUUCCGAGCGCAGUUCAUGUUCAUCAAAGAUAAUGAGAAGAGGGUUGAUUAUAAUUUGCAGGCUUAUUACAUGUACAUCUCCUCAAAUCGAUGGCUGGCGAUGCGGCUCGAGUUUGUGGGCGCCUGCAUCGUCUCUCUGGCUGGCAUUUUCUCCAUUCUGGGCAGGGACCACGGUGUGACGGCUGGCAAGGGUGGUCUCUCGAUUUCCUACGCGCUUUCUAUAACACAGACCCUGAACUGGAUGGUGCGCAUGACCAGCGAGGUGGAGACGAACAUCGUCGCCGUGGAACGCAUCCAGGAAUACAGUGAGGUCCCUUCCGAAGCCCCUGCAUUGAUCGAAGGGAAGCGCCCCCCCCCGGGAUGGCCCCAAGCAGGGAAGGUUGCCAUCAAGAACCUGUGUUUGUCGUACAGGCCAGGCUUGCCCUUGGUGUUACGGAACCUCUCUUUGGACAUCAAUCCUGGCGAGCGCAUUGGCAUUGUCGGACGUACUGGUGCUGGAAAGUCCUCGCUCCUUCUCGCCCUCCUUCGACUCGUGGAGGCGGAGAGCGGUUCCAUCGAAGUGGACGGUCUCAACACGCGAGAAAUGGGAACCGAAGACCUUCGUAGCCGAUUCAGUAUCAUCCCCCAGGACCCUGUCCUCUUCACGGGUUCCGUGCGUUUCAAUUUGGACCCGUUCGACCAGUACUCCGAUAAUGACAUCUGGAGGGCCUUGGAGCGUGCGCAUUUGGCUGCUCAAGUACGCCGCCUGCCUCAGGGCCUUUUGUCCGAGGUGGAGGAGGGAGGGAAGAACUUUAGCCUUGGCGAGCGACAACUUCUCUGUAUGGCGCGGGCACUGCUGAGGCAUUCCCGUGUACUUCUCCUUGACGAGGCAACGAGUGCUGUGGACGCAGAGACGGACCGCCUGAUUCAAGAAACUAUCAGGACUCAAUUCAGAGGUGCCACACUCCUUACCAUUGCUCACCGGAUUUUUACCCUGGUGGAUUACGAUCGAAUCGCUGUGUUGGAUGCCGGAACAGUUGUUGAAUUCGAUACACCACUGGGCCUAUUCCUCUCUUUGCUGUCCCGCAAGCCAAGCCGGGAGGAGCUAGUCCGAAAAGGGGACCUUCCCGCCCUCACCAAGCUUUUGCGGAAGCAAGGUGUUGAUAAUACACUGAAUGCUCCGCUGGAUCAUGAAGGCAACACUCCUCUCAUCUUGGCGGCCCGUAAGGGGUCAUUUAAAGUAGUGCAGUGGCUGUUAGCGCAGGAGGGGUUGAACAUGAACGCUCGUAAUAGGUUUGGCUGGACAGCCCUGUAUGAAGCGGCAGGCACGGGGCAUCGCCAUAUCCUCGAUCGCCUAGUGCAGGCCGGGGCGGACCCUACGAUUCCAGCCACGUCUUGGCCGCGGCACACUCCUUCCCAAAUGGCCCGGCAAAUGGGGUGGAAUGCCUGUGUGGACGUGCUGGUCAAGGCGGAGAAAAUGUGGGCGGAGCGGAAGAAGGAAGACAGGGAGACAGACCGGGAGGAAACGAAGGAGGAGGAAGUCAUGGGUUUGUCGGAGCACCCCGCGCUUUCCGGGACGGUGGGAGGGGACGAGAAGACCACGGCGGAGCUCUCUUCUUCGACGGGCACCAAGCUAGCCGCUCCAGGAACAAGAAUGGGAAAGGAGGUUGCAGCCCGAUCUCUUCCUUCCUCCACGACCAGACCAGUCUCCGAAUCCGGAGGAAGCACCGAAAAACCCGAUUCGAGCACUGCGGGCCCCUCCUCCCCCCCGUCCUCCCCGUCUUCCUUUACAUUUUCCUCCUCGUCUUCAUCCCCUCUCUCCUCCGGUGUCGCCCGGCUGGCGGGCCCGACUGGCGUUGCUUCAUCCAAAACCUCUUCGAACCAUGUGGAAGCUACACAGACCCUCUCUCCUGCGCCUCCGACCACGCCGUCGAAGAAAACGGAUCUCCCGGCCUGCCUCCGGUGGCAGGUGGAAGAGGGAGUGGGAGAGGGCGGGCACGAAGGUCGAUGGGGGGCCUGGGAGGAAGCGGAGGAAGAUUGGUUGGAAGUGCAUCCGGCAGUGUUCUCGAAACGAGGGCCACGGGUGGGACGUCGACGCCGAGAAGGGGGAGGGGCGGGGUCUUGGGUCCUCGGGUGCUUGAGGAGAAACAAGACGUUGAUGAAUCUAGCGACGGGAAGGACGGGCGAGAGGAUAAAGGCUCGUGCCGGGUCGAGGCGGAACCCGCGAUGGGUAGUGCAGAAAGAGUGAGGAGGAAAUGCAGGAUACGAGCGGUACAGAAGCGGCGAGACAAUGUCGGGGACGAUAGUGUGGAAUCACCAGAAUGCAAGAAUUGUAGCGAGUAUUAGCGAGAGUUCGAUUCUGGGAAGUCGCUCAAAUGUUCGAGACUGGCCUAGCAAAUAUUAUAAGAUCCGAGGAAAACCCAGCUUGCUGUCUGUACACGGCGGCACACGUUGGGAGGCUUUGUGCGUGCGGCCUCUUCAAUAUUCUUGCUAUGUACAUGAAGAAUAAAUAGAGGUUGAUGCAUCGACACAACGCAAAAUGGAGAGGAAAGUAAAUUAUUAUAAAAAGAGAAUAAACGAGAUACAGAAUGUG